AUGCAUUCCGCAUCCAUCGUCGCCGCGGGCUUCGCGGCUCUGGCGCAGGCCGCCACAGUGACUGUCUCCGGAACCCCCGAGGGUUUCGCUGCCUCUGUCACUGGUGGUGGUGAUGCUGCUGCGGUCACACCAACGUCAACUGAUGAGCUUGUCUCCUACCUCACGGACUCGGAGGCCCGUGUCAUCGUGCUCACCAAGACCUUCGACUUCACCGGAACCGAGGGCACAACGACCGAAUCCGGAUGUGCUCCCUGGGGAACAGGCUCCGCCUGCCAGCAGGCCAUCAACAAGGACGACUGGUGCACCAACUACCAGGCCGAUGCCCCAACAGUUUCUGUUACGUACGACAACGCCGGCCUGACUCCUAUUGAGGUCGCCUCUGACAAGACCAUCCUCGGCUCUGGCACCUCCGGUGUUAUUAAGGGCAAGGGUCUGCGCAUGGCCAAUGGCGUGGAGAACGUUAUCAUCCAGAACAUUCGUAUCACCGAGCUGAACCCUCAGUACGUCUGGGGUGGUGAUGCUAUCACUCUGGCCGGAACCGACCUGAUCUGGAUCGACCACGUUACCACCGACAAGAUCGGCCGCCAGCACAUUGUUCUCGGCGAGGAUGCUUCUGGCCGCGUCAGUAUCACCAACAGCAACAUUGACGGCGAGAGCGACUACUCUGCUACUUGCGACGGAUACCACUACUGGAACCUGUACUUCACUGGCUCCGACGACCAGAUCACUUUCAAGAACAACUACGUCCACCACUUCUCUGGCCGUGCCCCCAAGCUCGGAGGCAGCACCCUCCUGCACGCUGUCAACAACUACUGGUACGAGUCCAGCGGCCACGGCUUUGAGAUUGGUUCGGGUGCCUACGUCCUCGCCGAAGGAAACGUCUUCGGUGACGUCUCUACUAUCUACGAGGAUGGUGAUGCCACCACCGCCUACGUCGUCAACGACUCCUCCAUGGAGUCCGCCUGCUCCAGCUCUCUUGGCCGCGACUGCGUGUCCAACAGCUACUCCAACUCUGGCAGCUUCGCCAUGACCGACUCCUCCGUCCUGUCCAAGUUCAGCUCUGCUGACAGCAUCGCCGAUGCUGCCGCUGUCUCAUCUGUCACUGGCCUGUCCAGCUCUGCCGGAUACGGUACCCUGUAA